AUGGGCCCUCCUAAAGGCUCCAGUCAUGUCGCCACCAUCUUUGUGCAUGCUGGGGCAGGGUAUCAUAGCUUCCAGAAUGAGAGAAUCCAUCUCGAAGCCUGCGAAAAUGCUGCACGAGUGGCCAUGGCCCUGCUACGGAAUGGAGGCACUGCGGUUGACGCCGUGGAGAUUGCGAUUAUGCUGCUAGAAGAUACAGAAAUCACGAAUGCCGGCUAUGGCAGUAACCUGACACUGCAGGGUGCUGUCGAAUGCGAUGCAACGCUAGUUGACCACAUGGGUAGAAGCGGUGCUGCUGGAGCAGUCACCUUGGUGAAAAAUCCUAUCUCGUUGGCUAGGGUGAUCCUGGAGACAUCGUCAAAGCCACUGUCGCUACAGAGAGUUCCCCCCAAUUUCCUUGUCGGACCAGGCGCAACGGAUUUCGCAUACGAUAAUGGGCUCGUGGUGUUGCCUCCGGAUGCUUUGAUCUCUCCACCAUCCAAGGAACGUUGGACCCGCUGGCAGCAGGAGAUCGCAUCGAUUGAUCUCCAGGAAAAACAGCCAGAGGACUACCGGAGUUGGUUCCUUCGCCGACCCGUCACUCUCAACCCAAGUCUACUCCUUGCAUCCCCUAACAGCAUGCAGCACAGCUCCCCAAUAGAUCAGCCCGUGUCUGGAGAUAUGCAGAGCAGCACGCCUAUCCAGGAAAAAUCCCAAACUAGCGUUAGCGAAGUCAAAUAUAGCGAUGGAGUGGAAGAGUUCCUUCGGCAUGCAAAUUCACGCAGCAGCAGAACCGCACAUCGUCUUAAUCCAGAUGCUAGCAACGAUGCCAACGCCGACAACAUCACCGACACCGUUGGCGCCAUUGCUAUUGACUGCUAUGGGAACAUCGCUGCGGGAUCGUCAUCAGGCGGAAUCGGUAUGAAACAUCGUGGACGAGUCGGUCCUGCCGCAUUGGUGGGCAUUGGAACAACAGUGAUUCCCGUAGAUCCCAAUGACCCCGACGGGACCUCUGUUGCUGUCGUCACUUCUGGAACAGGAGAGCAUAUUGCCACUACCUUGGCUGCCAGUACUUGUGCAUCACGCAUAUACCAUCCUACCAAAAGGACCAGCAGUGGUGCACAGGAGGAGGCCAUGGAAGAGGAGGUGAUCUUUGACAUGAUCGCGACAGACUUCAUGGGCCACCCUGGUGUUAGGAGCAGUCCAUGCCCAGCUGCGAUUGGAUUGAUGGCUGUCAAGAAGACAAACGAUGGAGUGUUCCUUUACUUUGGGCAUAAUACUGACUCUUUUGCGCUUGCUUCGAUGAGCAGCGAAGACAGCCAGCCAGCAUGUGUCAUGUCUCGGAGCAACGGGUCUGGCACUAUUGCUCAGGGCGGACGUGCGUACCGGCUUAAGAGGUAG